UUAGGGAGAGGGUGGAAGUCUGCUUUGAGCUUGGGUCCAGUUAAGUCGGAGUACAGGGCCCUGUGUAUGAGGCAUUAGAUAGUGUAAACUCUAGUAGUGUAAGUCAGUAAGGGCUGAGACAAAAAGAGCAGUUCUGAGCUCCGACAUAGAAGUGUCCAUUUUCCUGAUACAGUAUCUCUCCCAGACCACAUUGCCUGUAGUGUAGGGAUCCCAGUGGAGAGGGAAUCAGGAUUUCCCUGAGGUGAUUCAGGCCACUAUGGGGAAUAUGUCUCAGAGCAGAAUUGAGAUUCCCGCCAAGUCUUUCCGCAAGGGAGUAUCAGCCGUUUAACGCUCUGCAUGUGAUGUUCCCUCAACCACUUGCCUCCAAGCAACUGUGCUGUGACUAAACCUUGUGGAUGUUGAAUAAACCCUUUUAUUGUGUCUUUUGCAGGAACCUCUGGCGCCCCCUGGCCUUAUUUUUCUGCAUAGCGGCAAGUGAGCUGUAGUUGCACAACACCAUUACUUUCCUCCUCCACUUUGCAAAGGCCCCCUCUGGGUGCCGCUCUGCGGAGAUGGAUUUAAACCAAGAACAUAUUGAUAGUGCUCAGAAGACAAAAAGAGCAAAGGCCCAUUACAAUGUGACCGCCACAAAUAAUAUGAAUCCCGAGCAGUUGCCCAACCAGAUUGUAAGGAUGCUUCCAUCCAAGAAUGUGGACUAUGUACAAAAAGGUGCCACCUGCUUUAUGCUUGGAGUGGGUGAAUUUACAAUCAGAAUGCUGGUGGCUGAGCACCCGGGAUGGAAGUGGAGCUACACGGAGGAAUACAGCACGAUGGCAGAAGAACCAUAAGAGUUUUGUGAGACCUUCCUGUGUAUCAGUGAUGUGUCCCAAGCCUUUUGUAUUCAUGAUGCUGAUGGUUAUUGCACUACUACCUUCUUGCCAGCCUGCAUCAGCUGUGAAACGGAUCACAUUAUUCCGACACAAAAUGACCCUUAAGGCGGACAGUCGGAAUCUGAUCCCAUGUAUGUUCUACCCAGACCAUGCCAUCGAUCCAGCUGUUCUUCAGUUAGAAUGGGGUAAAAUUCCCGUAGGUGGGGGGGAGUACACCCCUUUAAUCCACCUUUCCAACGGCAGAGUACAAACCUUCCAUGACAACAGUAGGAAGUACCAGCUUUUUGUUUCUCUGGUGCCGAGUGGGAACUGUACAUUGGUCAUCGAUGACACUGAUACGUCGGACGGUGGAACUUAUGAAUUGUGGAUGUCGGUGAAUAAGGUUGUGUAUAAGCCCGCUUCCAAGAUCAAAAUCGACAUUUUGGAUGACAAGAAACCUUCUUCUCGGGCACUUUGGUCCGACAUAAUUAAAACACUGAAAGAUAAUUUGAAGGGAGAAGCAGAAACGACUACGAAUACUCCAAUUACUACAGAUACUCCAAUUACUACAACUACUACAAAAACCACUUCACAAACUCCAACUACUCCAACUUCUAGAACUACUCCAACACCUACUAGAGCUACUAUAAAAGCGCCGACUACUACUACUACAACCAGUAUAAUGACUAGUACAGAGCCGGCAGUUGCAAACAGUGAUGCUGUCGAGAGGGCGUUAGUUAUAUCGGUGAUGGUGAUUGGACCGAUUCUUGUGAUAACCUCAAUCAUAUCAGGAGUUGGAAUUUAUAUGUAUGUGACACUGAGGAAGAAACGUUCAUCUAGAGAUGUAGAGAACCCAGAAGUGAGCACACUAGCAGCACAGCCCUCCAGUACAUGCACUGUUCAAAUUGAGAAUGAAACUCAAUCUGAUGGUGAAGAGGAGUGUGAAGAAGAAGAAGAAACUAAUGAUGAGGAGUGUGAAGAAGAAGAAACUAAUGAUGAGGAGUGUGAAGAAGAAGAAGAAACUAAUGAUGAGGAGGGUGAUGAAGAAGAGACAGAGGAAGAAGAAACAGAAAAUAUCUGAUAAACCUCCGUGAUCUAUUAAAGGAGACGGAGAUGAAGAAAACAAUAAAACUGAUGAGAAUGACAAGAAAUAGGACUAUUAUGAGUCAACAGAUGAUAAGAACUGAGUGACACAAUAAAGUCUUCCUGCUGCGU